AUGUAUGUUCCUAGGCCGCUUCCCAAACUCGACUUGGGCUCCGUUCAGGCUUCAACUUUUUUACUUCCUGACUUUAAGGUUACAAGCGCAAUAGCAAGUUUGAUAGUGAAACAAAACAUCAAGAUGCAAAAGAGCCAAAUAUACAGUACUUCAAUUUAAGUUAAACGCUUCAGGCCCAUAAUCGAAUCCUCAGACGGAGACGAAGUUGGGUAUUAGAAAACGGCGUCAAGAUCGAGUAAUAAACGAAAGAGCCUUAAGGUCGCUCGAAUAACAAAGGAUGUUUGAUCAGUUUUUUUUCCCACAAGCCUUCGGGGGCACACUCUGAGCAUGCAAUGUGAUAUACACGUCGGGCAGGGCCAAAUCCUAAAUCAAUUUACAUCUCCCCGGCGCAAACCAUCUUAAUAAUAAAGGUGCGCAUAUGAUCACGACUUCAGUUUGAGCAUGCGCUGUUUGGGAAUUUACCAAACUGGCCCAAUGUCUGAAUGUCCGAAAUACAAUAGACAGCUCCUGCAUAAAGUGAAUAUAGCCCUCUCAGUUCCAGACACUAGCAAUGGAGGAGGAACAGACAAGCCAAGCUGUCGAGGAAGGGGAUAAACAUGGACAGGAAGCUGAUUCUGAAAGGCAAAUAGCGCCCUCGGCCUCACCGGAUAUCAAGCUCAAGAAGAAAAUCGGUCCCUUGGUGGGCGUGGCCAUCGUGGUGGGAGUGAUGAUGGGUAGUGGGAUAUUCAUAUCGCCAUCCUUUGUGCUGGCGAGCAGCGGUUCGGUCGGUGUGGCGUUACUUGUUUGGACUCUGACUGGUUUGUUAUCCAUCAUUGGUUCCCUUUGCUACAUGGAGUUGGGAACCAUGAUUCUUAUGUCAGGUGGGGACUAUGCGUACAUCCACUUUGCAUUUGGGCCUCUACCAGCAUUCCUAUAUGUCUGGGUGACCACGGUCAUUGGUGCCCCGACCAUGCUUGCCAUCAUGACGUCUGCAUUCUCCAACUACGUCUUGUAUCCGUUCUUCCAGGGAGGACAGGCCUGCUCGCCUCCCCCGUCCAGCUUGUAUUUGCUGGGAGCUGUUUGCCUGCUGUUGGUGAUGUUUCUGAAUAUCUACAGUGUCAAGUGGGUGGCUCGUGCCCAGGGGGUCUGCACAGCACUCGUCAUUCUGGCAUUGCUGGUUAUCAUUAUAUCAGGAAUGGUGAAACUAGCGCAAGGUAAUACGGCAGCUUUUGUCAAUGGUUUUGAGACCAUUCAUGGACUUUCCACAGCUCCUGGAUCGGUUGCAAUUGCCUUCUAUGCAGCAUUCUUUGCUUAUGGUGGAUGGAAUAUCCUGAAUUUUCUUAUUGAAGAGCUCACCAAUCCAGUGAGAGACCUACCCAUUGUACUGAUGGUGUCCCUACCACUGGUUACCAUUAUUAACGUCCUGGUCAAUAUUGCUUACCUUGCUGUGCUGAAACCCCAAGAAAUGUUGGAAUCAAAAGCCGUGGCAUUUACCUUUGGAAAUAAAGUCUUAGGAGAUGCUGCCUGGAUCAUGCCCAUAGCCGUAGCCAUAUCCAUGGUGGGUGCCGUCAAUGCAGGACUCUUGAAAGGCUCGAGGACCUGUAUGGUUGGUGCUCGCAAAGGACAAUUUCCAAGCAUUCUUGGAAUGAUACAAGUACAGAGAAAGACACCUGCACCGGCAUUACUAUUUGUUUCUUCCUUUGGUCUGAUCUUCCUCACCUCCAACGACAUUGGCAGGUUGAUCAACUGCUUCUCCUUGGUCACGUGGGCCACAAUCUUAGCCUCCAUCUCAGGUCUGCUGUACCUCCGCUGGAGGAGACCAGAGUUAAAGAGGCCCUUCAAGGUGAAUCUAGUACUGCCUAUUAUUUUUGUCCUCGUCUGCACCUGUCUGAUUGUUUUGGGGUUCAUCAGCGCCCCCUGGGAUUCCCUGAUUGGUGUCGGCAUGACCCUCACUGCCCUGCCUGUUUAUGCCCUCUGUAUCUAUCCAGCCAACAAACCCAGCUGGUUGAGAAAGAUCUCUUAUGCUGUGACAGUUUUUCUUCAAAAGGCACUGUUCGUUGGGCAGGAAGACACUUCAUGAGACCAGAAAGACGUGGAAAUGUUUGAAGAGGCUGUAUAAAGGAAGUAACAUUUCCUUUUUGUAAAAAAGGCAAUAAAUCUAGCAAGAGUGUGCUGUGGUAAUCUGUAAUUUGACACAUGCAUGCUUGCCCUCCCCUCGUAGCAAAGGAUUUCUCAUUCGUCUGAUGCAAUGUUUCAUUACCUGCCUUACAAACACUUUAUCUUGAUCAGAAGAGCAGACCUUUGUGGUAAGUAGAGGUGUAAUAUUAAGUUCUAUUCUCUGCCUUGAGCAGAAGCACCCCCUCAUUGGUUGAAAGGAGCCAUGCUGGUUGGAAGCGUUCAUUUUGUUGGUAGUAAAGUGAAGUUUCUAGCAAAGGACUCUCCCUUGCUGGGAAAUCACGCCCUCUCUUGGUCCAGCUGGGGGGGUCAUAGUAUGCCUAAUUCUUUGUAUGUCCACAAGCAUGCCAAGCAUAGCUCUAGAUGUCUUUCAUAUUGAGUGUAAUGUUUAUCCAUUCAGCCACCUUCACUGUUUUAUGUUGUUUGUUUUUUCAGCCGAUGUGAUCUUGUCACAACUCGAAAGGAAGACAUUUUGAAACUGGCCCUCUAAAGUUUAAAUCUCUAGCAUAUAAUUUGUUUAUUGGUUAGACCUAGAAUGUAGAUUUAGAACGGCUACUAGCAAUAAAUACGGGAAAUAAUAAGAGUUUUAAUUGGUUCUUAAAGUUGAAAUGUUGAUUUUUUAGGGGUUAUUUAAAAUUAUGUAUUUCAUGUACACGUGAUGCUUAGGCCAUUGUUUGUAUUUUCAAAUUGUGUGAAUUAUAUGUUCUUUAUCAGUGUUCAUUGUUUAUUUGAUUUACGGAACAAAUUUUGUACUUUUUAGUCAACUCAACGUGCUUUAGUAUUUGAAAUCAAAAUCUUAUAUUUUUUCAGCCAUUUCCUGUCUGAUUUUAGGAGCUUUAUAUAAUUAUUUUACAAUAAUGUCUCUCUUUAUGUGUUCAUUUUUUUGGCCCUCCUGCCGCGAGACUGCGAUACGAACCCUUUCAUUGGCUUCUUUACCUCAAUUUAAAAACGCGCAAAAACAAAAUGCAAAACUAUGAAGACUUCAAAUAUGUAAUGAAAAUACAAUGUGUAAAAAAUUAUUUAUUAAUUUUGUUAAAAGUACCAUGGUUACAGUUUAAAAUGACGUUACAGUCGUAUUACAGUGUAGCAUCAAACGGCACUAUAGAGGUUUUUCACAUGAUGUAACAUGAUGGGCGUACCAUACCUGUGGAGGUGCGUGCAUUUUUGAAUCAGGAUAUCCCGUUCGAAAGUGACUUUGUCAUACACGUGGACACGCCAUAAGUUGCAGGCUCCCGUUGGUCGGUCAUUGAAGUAGCAUAUUAACUUCCGGCCCUGUGGUUCCAUUUAAACAGCGAUCACUGAAUGUAACUCAUGCAGUGCAUGUGUCGUGGGCGUUGUGUAAACUGAUGUGACGUCGCACGUACAAACCAGACAGGGCUCUCUCAAAUGACAUCAUCGGCAUGUUUUACUUCAAGUUUCUUGAUGCGCAUUGGCUGCGCUGUAUUUCGAUCAAAUUUCGAUCAGCACGGGAGCAAGUUUUGAAUAGUUUGCACAUGGCGAGCAUACGCACCUGUUUGCAUUAUAGACGCAGGUGGAAUUUCCUUACAAAGAUUAGAGAGAUCUAUUUCUGCUGGCAGUCUCGUGUACGCCAGAAUGUUGAGACUUGAAAGGCCCGCGUAACUUGAAUGCUGACCAUCAAAAACCUCUACAUGCAGGCCUACUGUAUUCAUAGAAUGAUCAGUACUAUUAUUUUGGUGCCCUAAAUUAAUGUUACUAAUUUUAAAUUCCAGAAUAACAUUGAAGACGUGGAAUGUUAAAGACGGGAACAGAUGUAGUUGGUAUAUAACACAAGCGCGGAUCCGGGGGGGGGUUGAGUCGAAAAACCCUACUCUGAGAAAAAAACCGUGAAAAAUAAUUUUCAAAAUAAGUGAAGUACACCAAUUCCACUGUAAACAAUCUUGUGUAUAAUGUAUCAUUGUCCUUGCAGCCUGUCUGCAUGAGUGACACAGAAAGAAAUCCCGGCCUCAACCCCCCCCCGAAAAUUUUCUGGAUCCGCCCGUUACACUUUGUGCAGUAGUGUGUAUGGCCGAACUCUAGCUGCAUUUGAAUCAGCUUGUAUACAAUGCAUGUUUAUGGUUGUCAUUUCAUAUUAUGAAAUAGCAGAAUAUAAAGCCGUCUGAAAUCGAUUUGAUGCAUGUACAAGAAAUCUUCAAGAUGAAAUAUUCUGUCGAAAAUCAUAUUAUUCAUAUCCAAGUAUUGUGUAAUGUAUACUUGUCUGAAAUAUGUGCGCUUAAUUCUUUUCUUGUCAAUGAAAUUGAGAGGUAAUGCUCCAUCGACCACAGUGUUCAUUACGGAAAUCCUAACUCGCAAAUUGGGAGUUAGUAAAAUAAAGCAACCAGAAGCUAAUAUUGCGAAAUAACA